AUGGGGCAUCCACUCAGCAAGUGCACAAUCCGAAGCAAGGCAGCUGUAUUAUGUCACGGACAGUCUAAGCCCUGUGAGAAGUGGGUCAGAGGUUUUAUCAAACAUCACCCAGAUAUCUGCUUGGGGAAACCAUCAGCUCUGGACCCAAAACAAUGCCAAAAUUUUAACCACACUGUUGUCGAUCACCAUUUUGAGCUUCUUAAGAAGCUUCUUGAUGAAAAGGACAUUCCCUGGGAAAACGUGUAUAACAUGGAUGAGAAGGGGUGUCAGCAAGGUGGUGGAAGGAAGGCUUCACCAGAGAGGUACUUUGUACCUCAUGGUAGAUACCUGAAGUAUAAGAGUCUGUUCAGAUAA